AUCCUCCUCCCCCUCCGAUUCGUGCACGCAGAUCCGCCGAAUACCCCCGCCCGCAUCCUUGAUGCCGAAACAGCCCCGCGACCUACAGCUGUACAUCUCACGCCCUUCCCGUGUACAAGUACCCGCUCCCGACCCCUGAGCUCUACCUUCCAUUGAACCGCGUAACUGAAUAAAUAGCUAUAUGCUCGCGACUCUGCGUCCGCUUCUCCGCUCCGCCGCAUCGAAACACCCCGUCGCGCACGUCGUACCCAGACAGCAUUUCAUAGCAAGAGCAACAGCAAGAGCAACAGCGAGAGCUAUGGUGUCUACCGCAACGGAGCCGUCUGCUCCAGCAUCUUCGUCGCCGCUGCAGGAGUGGCUCGUCAUCGUGCCCGACCACCCGGGCGCGCUGCAGAAGCGCAUUGCGGUGCGUCAGGAUCAUCUUGGAGGGCUGAAGAAGGACGAUGAGAGUUUUUGGCUGUGGGGUGGCGCCAUGCUCGAGGAGCCCAUCGCCGAGGGCGCCACGGGGCCGCCCAAGAUGAAGGGCAGCGCCAUGCUGAUCGGCGCCAAGACGAGAGAGGAGGUCGAGCAGAGACUGAAGAAAGACGUUUAUGUUGAGGGCGGCGUGUGGGAUCUGAGUCAGGUCCAGAUCAUCCCGUUUAAGAGCGCGCUGAGGAAGGCGCUUUAGAGAUGAUCGAGGAUCAAAGCUGGGUAGAUGAAUGACUUCACGAUAUCAGCUCGACUUUGUGAGACUUGCAGUUGCUGGCGUGAUGCGUGUCUGGGUAGAGCAGUCUGACAGCCACUUCUAAUCGCGUAGGAGAGCUGGCAAUGCAUGUUCUGUUGCUGACGGAUUUGUACACAGAGCCGAGCACCAGGCUGAGCUUCAUCUAUUCUUAAUCGCAGGCUCGGGAUAUAUACCUCAUGCGCUGGUAAAUACACCCUCCUGGAAAUCAACGACAACCGUCUUCUCCACAACCG